GCUUCAAGACUGGUCCAUGAUAAAUAUGACUGUGAAUUCACACAAAACUAACUUUGGUAGAGUUAGAAGUUACUUUGCCAGGUGAAGGUAAAGAUAGAGUCUUCAGAGUUGCCAUUAAAUGGUUAGCAGAAGUUAGUUUAUAUUCUUUGGAAGAAGCUUUAGAAGGCCGAUCACGAACCAUACCCAUUGAUACAUUACAAUCUCUGGAUGUUGUUAUGAGGCAUUUACCCAGUAUGACGUACACUCCUGUUGGACGUUCAUUUUUUUCUUCUCCAGAUGGUUACUAUCAUCCACUAGGUGGUGGUAGAGAGGUAUGGUUUGGUUUCCACCAGAGUGUUCGUCCUAGUCAAUGGAAAAUGAUGCUAAAUAUUGAUGUCUCUGCAACUGCAUUUUAUAAAUCUCAGCCAGUGAUAGAAUUCAUGUGUGAAGUCUUAGAUAUUAGAGAUAUUGGAGAACAAAGAAAACCAUUAACAGAUUCUCAGAGAGUAAAGUUUACUAAAGAAAUUAAAGGAUUGAAAAUUGAAAUUACACAUUGUGGCAGCAUGAAAAGAAAAUACAGAGUUUGUAAUGUUACAAGACGUCCAGCUCAAUUACAGUCAUUUCCUCUACAGUUAGAAAAUGGACAAACAGUUGAAUGUACAGUUUCCAAAUAUUUCCAAGAUAAAUAUAAAAUGAAGUUAAGAUACCCUCAUUUACCUUGUCUUCAAGUAGGUCAAGAACAUAAGCAUACUUAUUUACCUUUAGAAGUUUGUAAUAUAGUUGCAGGCCAAAGAUGUAUUAAGAAAUUAACAGAUAUGCAGACUUCAACCAUGAUUAAGGCAACUGCUCGUUCAGCACCUGAUAGAGAGAGAGAAAUAAAUAAUUUGAUUAGAAGAGCUGAUUUUAAUAAUGAUCCUUAUGUUAGAGAAUUUGGACUGUCCAUUAGUAAUACAAUGAUGGAAGUUCGAGGGCGUGUUUUACCACCUCCAAAACUCCAAUAUGGUGGACGGACUAAACAACAAGCUAUUCCAAAUCAAGGUGUAUGGGAUAUGAGAGGAAAACAGUUUCAUACUGGGGUAGAAAUUAGAAUGUGGGCUAUUGCUUGUUUUGCACCACAGCGAACCUGUCGUGAGGACGCUCUGAGGAAUUUCACACAACAACUUCAGAAAAUAAGUAAUGAUGCUGGUAUGCCCAUUAUUGGACAACCUUGUUUUUGUAAAUAUGCUACAGGUCCAGAUCAGGUGGAACCAAUGUUUCGCUACCUCAAAUCUACAUUCCAAGGUCUUCAGCUUGUUGUUGUAGUUUUACCUGGUAAAACACCUGUAUAUGCUGAAGUAAAACGUGUUGGUGACACAGUUUUGGGUAUGGCCACUCAAUGUGUUCAAGCUAAAAAUGUGAAUAAGACGUCUCCUCAAACAUUAUCAAAUUUAUGCCUAAAGAUCAAUGUCAAGUUAGGAGGUAUUAACAGCAUUCUUGUUCCAAACAUAAGACCUAAAGUAUUUGGUGAACCUGUGAUAUUUCUUGGUGCUGAUGUGACACAUCCACCUGCUGGUGAUAACAAAAAGCCUUCUAUUGCUGCUGUUGUGGGAAGCAUGGAUGCUCAUCCCAGUAGGUAUGCAGCUACAGUUCGAGUGCAGCAGCAUAGGCAGGAAGUUAUACAAGAUUUAUCCUACAUGGUGAAAGAACUUCUGAUUCAGUUCUAUAAGUCUACAAGAUUUAAACCAAAUCGAAUUAUAUUUUAUAGAGAUGGGGUAUCAGAAGGACAAUUUCAUCAAGUUAGUUAUCAAUAUCAAUAUUACUUUUUAUUGAAAUCUUUUAAAAUUUAUAUUUAUAUAAUUGUUUGUUCUUUUAUAUUUUUAUUUUAAGAAAAGACUUUUCCA